GGCGGCACGAGCUGAACCCACCCGGCGAGGGCCACGGGACACGAGCAGCGCCGAGCCAGUUACGCUGUACCAGUGGGAGAGAGAGGAUGCUCGGCGUGCGCUCCGUGCUAGAUAUAUGUAGCUAAAGUGUGUGUGAAAACAUACUUUCUUGAUAAAAAAAGGAAAGUAACUUAACACUAAGCAAACGCAGGAGAGAAACAUAUAAAGAAAAAAAAAAACAAAGAAUCGUAAUAAUCAUAGUGAAAAUCUGAAGUGAAAAUAGAAAUAGAAAUAAGUGUGUAUAUGAGAUUUUAGUAAUAGAAAAAAAAGAACUGUACAUUUUCGAGGUCAAAUAGAGUGUGACUUGACCCUUGACCUCCAAGAUGGGUCAGCCGUCCCCCUUCGUGGUGGGCGUCGUGGUACUCCUGAUGGGCGUGGCCAUAGGCGUGGCCACCACCGAACCCGCAGUCGAGAUUCAAACGGAAGCCCCGCCCCCUAGAGCUGACGCCCCCGUUGAGUUUAAAGACUGCCCCAUGUACGUGCUGGGCGAGCUGCAGGGCAUGCGGCGGCACGGCGAGCGGUGGCUCAACGACGGGUCGGAGUGCGAGUACUGCGAGUGCACGGACGGCCAGGAGAGGUGUUUCUUCCACUACUGCAACUCCGGCCUCAAGGAGACCUACAUGACGCCCCCUUCGGCAGCGACGCCCGGAGAGAAGAGCCCCGCCGACCAGCCGCCCGCACGCCCGCCCCUGGACGACGAGGACGUGUCCGACCCCGACGAGGAGCAGGAGGGCUCGGGCACGCAGCCCUGGGAGGAAGGCUACUACAACGUGCGAGAGCCUGCGGAGGACGACCUCGAGCCGAGGAAGACGGAGUCGUCCGGUCGUGGCGGUGAAGCGAACGACCCCAGAGACGACAAGAACCCGAGGGACAACGAGACGCACGACCCCCGCCCCUGGUGUGGUUCCCUCCCCUGCAGGAAGACGUGUCCCCAUGGUUAUAAGGUGGACCCGACCACAGGCUGCCGGAAAUGCAAGUGCUUCAAGUGCCAGCCCUUGCGGAGGUGUUACCUCAAGUGCCGCUUCGGAUACGUCGCGGAUGAGAGGGGCUGCAAGAAAUGCCAGUGCCGCGACCAGAGUGCCAAGGUCUCCGUCAUCACAUCGCUGGACGACAAUGAUUUCAUCGUCGAGGAGGGCUACGGCGUGUCUUCUGAAGUGUUCAGCAACGGGACGUACGCUGAAGUGGCUGAGAGUGGCGGCGUCUACGUGACAGCCGGAGAGGAGGAGACGCAGGAACCCGACCCUUCAUGUAACACUACACGCGUCGAGGGCUGCAUAGACGGGCGCGGGGUAUACGCCGUGGGCGCCUGGUGGGAGCGCGGCGCCUGUGUCUCUUGCACUUGCGUUGCCCCGGGCUACACGGAGUGCAACGUGACCCAGUGCGCGCCCCCGCCCUGCCCCGCCCACCGACAGAAGCGCCUCAAGAACGAGUGCUGCGCCAUCUGCAGUCCAGGUGCUCCUCGACGCGCUUUGUCUAGGCCUCCGGUGCAGUUGGCAUAGGCCUUGCUCUGUUUC